GAAAAAGUUUGAUCAUGCUUCUGCUACUUUUACUGGUGCUGUCUCUUUUGGCACUUUCGUGGAUUUAUAUAAAGUACCAUUAUGACUUCUGGGAGCGACGAGGAUUUCCGUCCGCCAAACACUCGGGAAUUCCAUUCGGUGAGAAGAAGCAGGAGAAGAGCAUGGGCAUGGCCAUUUACGAUGUCUACCGGAAGAGCAAGGAGCGCGUCCUGGGAGUUUUGGUACGAGAUGCAGAACUAGCUCUUCGAGUGCUGGCCCAGGAUUUCGCCAGCUUCCACGAUCGCGGAAUUUACGUCGAUGAGGAAAAGGAUCCCAUGUCGGCCAAUCUGUUGUCCCAGAAAGGUCAGAGUUGGCGAUCUAUGAGGCACAUGUUGUCGCCUUGUUUCACGUCAGGCAAACUGAAAGCCAUGUUCGGUACCUCCGAGGAUAUUGGUGACAAGAUGGUGGGUUAUCUCCAAAAGAAGCUGCCCAACAAGGGUUCCCAAGAGGUGGACUUGAAGGACUUGAUGCAGAACUAUGCCAUCGACAUUAUUGCCUCGACCAUCUUUGGCUUGGAAGUGAACAGCUUCGAAAACCCGGAUAACAAAUUUAGAAACUUGGUUGCAAUGGCCAAACGCACUGAUAGGUUUAAUGCCCUACUCGGCAUGUUCUUGUUUCUGGUUCCUUCCAUUGUGAAGUUCCUUGCCUUUUUCGGCUUUAAAAAUCCGAUACUUGUUGCCAUGCUGGAUAUUGUCAAGGAAAACGUUGAGUAUCGCGAAAAGCACGGAAUUGUUCGUAAGGAUAUGCUGCAGUUGCUUAUGGAGCUUAGGAACACUGGAAAGAAUGAAGAAAAUGAUGAUAAAUCCUUUAGUGUACAAAAAAAACCGGUAUUUCCAGGACACAUAAAGGCUAUAUCGUUAGAGGCCAUCACCGCCCAGGCUUUUAUAUUCUACAUAGCUGGUCAGGAGACCACUGGAUCAACCGCCGCCUUUACCAUCUAUGAGUUGGCCCAAUACCCAGAGUUGCUGAAGCGCCUGCAGGAUGAAGUGGAUGAGACUCUGGCCAAGAACGACGGAAAAAUCACCUAUGAGGCACUGCACAAAAUGGAGUAUCUGGAGCUGUGCCUGCAGGAAACUCUACGGAAAUAUCCGGGACUUCCUAUCCUGAACCGCGAGUGCACCCAGGACUACAGAGUACCCGAGACCAACCAUGUGAUCCCCAAGGGAACACCUGUGGUGAUCUCGUUGCAUGGCAUUCAUCACGACGCCGAAUACUUCCCUGAUCCUGCGAAAUAUGAUCCCGAUCGCUUCUCGGAGGAAGGUCGCAACUACAAUCGCAAAGCAUUUAUGCCCUUCGGUGAGGGUCCCAGGAUUUGCAUCGCCCAGCGAAUGGGUCGUGUUAAUGCCAAAUUGGCUGUCAUUAAAUUGCUCCAACAUUUCAACGUCGAGGUGAUGAGCAAACGUCAAGUGGAGUUCGAGUCUAGCGGUAUACCGCUUCUCCCCAAGGAUGGAAUCCGAGUGCGUUUGUCCAAGAGAUAA